UUAGCUACUUUCACCGUGUAUAAGAUAUGUGAAUACUUGGAGGAUACUACUUUGGAGUUGUAGUAUUGCAACUUUUUACUUAAGUAAGGUACAAAAAGCAUGUGCUUUCUGCCCAAAACAAUAUGAGCGAGAAAACCGAAAAGUACGAUCAAAGUAGGAUGUAUUGAAUGCAUCACUGUAGAAAACUUCCCAAUUUCCGGGCUACGGGACAUUAUUUAAAGACGUUUAUGUUUGUUAACAUAAACAAACAUUUGGAAUUAUACUUUUUAGUGCUAACGUGUACUCUAAAACGCCUUCCGGUCGCCUCUCUGUUCAGUUCCAAGCAAAAUGAGCCGAAGAGGAGAAACAACCGAGGAAACCUCCAGAGCGUCAGCUCCCACCCAGGCUAACGUUACAGACCAACCAAAGAGGAUGAAAGUUAUUCGCGUCGUUUACCUCAUCGCUGCUUUGGAUAUCACAUGGAUGUUUUUACAGUUUUCUGUCACCCCUUACUUGGCAAAGAAACUUGGUUUCGACACCUUGUGGAUGGGUUAUUUACAAACCAUGGUCGGUGUAAUCCAGCUGGUUGGGGGUCCUAUGUUUGGAAGGUUUGCAGAUAUCUUCGGAGCACGAGCAGCUCUGUCUCUGGCGUGUUCUGCAACAGUCGUUUUCUUUCUGCUGCUGGCCAUGGCAGGGAGUCCUGCCAUGCUGUUCAUCCACAAACUUCCCACAGUCUUCAUGCACGUUCUACCUGCAUCUCAGAUGGUCGUUGCAGACCUUUCAGAACCUGAAAAACGGGCUGACGCUUUAUCCAAACUAGGUCUGUGUUUUGGCGUCGGUAUGAUAGCUGGCUCCACGUUGGGCGGCCAUCUUAACACACGCUAUGGGGAGACAUUUACUGCAAGUUUUGGUGCUGUGGGGAGUGCCUUCAGUUUACUAUUGGUUUUAAAGUUCAUCCCAAAAACUACCAAAGUUCAAGCUCCAACAACCAACACAGACAGUGAAAACAAAAGCAAGUCAGUAUUCAACCUGGGAGAGAUCACAAGACUGAUGAAGUUUCCGGGUGUGAAGCGGACUUUUCUUGUGAAGAUAGUUGCAGGUUUGCCAUCAGGCAUAUUUCAAGUGAUGUUUUCCAUCAUUGCAAUGGACUUCUUCAAGCUGCAACCUGAGCAGAAUGGCUAUCUGAUGGCUUAUUUUGGCAUAGCCUCAAUGGUUGUUCAGGGAGGAGUGAUCGGUCGGCUGACAGCGAGAUACUCGGAGAACUCGCUGCUGCUUCUGUCCAUUGGAGUUUCUUCUUUGGUGGGACUGGCUCAGGCUAACAUGCAGAAUGUGUUCCAGUUCUGCCUCAUCGUCGUCCCGAUGGUUUUUUCUCUCAGUGUGUUUAAUGUCAUCACAGACAGCAUGCUCACCAAGAGCGUACCGUCCUCCGACACAGGCACGAUGAUGGGACUGUGUGCGUCUGUCCAAUCUCUGCUUCGCACAGUCGGGCCGACUGCUGGCGGCUUCCUGUAUGUGAACUACGGCAUUUCGUCUAUAGGCUUAAUGCAGUUUGUUGUGAAUAUCGCUGUGUUUGUGCACCUGCUGCAGCGUAGCCUCAAGAAGACAGACGUGCAAAAGGAAUAAAUAAAAAAACUCUGUUUCUGAAAAGCUUUUUUUCAUAUUCAAAAAACCUAAUAGAGGAAAUGGAAAUUCGAUGUGUUCUACAGGUGCAUAUAUUUAAAUCACUCUGCCACAGUUUACAUGAUGAGAUAAACUCAAGUCUUUCUACUUCUUCAUUACUUGGAUUUUGUAUGAUUUGUUUAUUCUGUGGUGGAGAUUCAGGACUGAACCACUAGAUGACAGCAAACCCUCCAUUUUACCUGAUGAUGCUUUUAUUUUCCAAGGUUAAUCAUUUACAUUAGUUACACUUCACUUGGCAGACAUUGAGAUUUUAUUAAACAUCAUCAGGAAUUACAUUAAAUAUAAGACCAAUCCUAAUUGAACGUACUAUCAGAACCAUUUAAAAAAGAAAAAAAAAAAAAAUCAGAACCAUUUUAAAAGAAAGUUUAU